AUGGAAAGAUUGCAGAGAAUUUUCUCCGGCGCCGGGGGGAUGGGGCAUCCCCCGUCCGACGCCCCACUGCUCGAUUCCUCGGAGCAGGUCUACAUAUCGUCCCUCGCGCUGCUCAAGAUGCUCAAACACGGUUGGUUCCGAAAACUAGGGUUUUACUUGGCGUCGUUUUUCUUUCUCUCUCACUUACUGUUUUCUAUGUUGAAUUGGGAAGCAUCGACAUUUAGUAUCUGAUUGCGGAAUAACAUCUGUGGGCAGGGAGGGCCGGGGUUCCCAUGGAGGUGAUGGGGCUGAUGCUGGGAGAGUUCGUGGACGAAUAUACAGUGCGAGUUGUGGACGUGUUCGCGAUGCCGCAGAGUGGGACUGGCGUCAGUGUUGAAGCCGUGGAUCAUGUCUUCCAGACCAACAUGCUUGACAUGCUCAAGCAAACUGGCAGGUGCUUUGUCCCCAUGCUUUGUCCCUAUACACUUACAUCUGUGCGUUCCGGACACAACUCGAUGGUCUGAUUCUCUCCCGAGUUAAAUUAAUUGCCAGAAAAUCCCUUAUCCGGAGUGUUUACUUCUCUCUCUAAACCCUGCGGCUCAAUGACUAAUCGAAUUAAGCCAUCCGUGGUACAGAUCUGAUUAGUGGAAGGGAAUUGAAGGGAGAGAUUCAGUAUCUUCCCAAAUGUACAUAGAGAACCCUCGCUAAUUGGCCAAAUAGUUAUAGGUUUCUGACGACCUUUCUCCUCUCCCUUAAAUUUAUUAAUGAGCUAGACUUGCAUGUUUUAUUUAGUUAACUAGAGGAAUUGUAUAACUUCACGAGAGGUUAUCCCGAAUCCAAAUGUAUAUGCUUCGUGUUUCUCAUUGUUCCAUGAUUUGAUUCCUCUGAAAUUAUUGUUCCUCGACAUUAACAUGUAUGUGCCACAAAAGCAUUGCUCCUUCAAGAUUUGCUUGAUAGUUAUUGAAGGUCUAUAUAUUGUUUGUCAACUCAGAGAAGUGGGCGUGGAACGGAAAAAAGGAAAAAGAAUUUUGCAAACAACUGUUCACACCCUUCACCGUGGUUCACACUAUCUUAUUGACUCAGAUAUUUCUUACGAUGGAAUAUCUCUCAUCUUUGCAUCAAUGUAUUUUCAUGUCCCCAGCUUUUGAACUGAGCGCAACUGAGCUUAUUGUUUCAUGUCUUUAUUUCAUUUUUUUGUUGAUUAUGAUCACCGCUGAGGUGAGCCUGGUCUUUCCCGAGUUUUACAGGCUAGUGUCUCCAGUUAAAACCAGGGAAAAAAAUGGAAAGUUUGGCGAUGGUAUUCUCAAGGAAAAAUGGACAGUCUCAAUGGUAUCUGGCCUAUGGCCAGAAUUCAUUUUCUUUCAUGUAGUCGUCUGAGAAUCUCCUGCCUAAAAGUCCCCUUUCUAUCUCUCAUCUGAUUUCAAUUGAUGUGCUUAUGGGCACCCUUUUCUCACACAUUAUUGUCGUUGGAGUAAUAAUGUGAGUGUUAUUUACUUACAUCCUUCAGCUGGGUUAGAUCUCCUGGGAAUCUCUUCAACAUCUUACCCAUUUUUCCAAUUUUCUGGGUAUGAUAAUGCGUAGAAGUGAUAAGAAACGACUAUAUUUAAAUUCUGCUCCUGAGCAUAGGAAAAAAUUUACACAUUAAAUGAUUUAAUUCGGAACCCGAAUAACUGACUCAGCUGAGUCAGCAGAAAAGAAUUGUUUCCAUGUAAGCUGUGGAUUUCGUUUUUCUUCUUGGUUAUUGAACUUUUAAACGACAACUUUACAUUUAUUGGCCUUGUAAAAUUUUGAAUGGGUGGUAAUGAAGAUAAUAAGUGAUUUGGAAUCUAAUACGAUGAGUCCUGUAUUAGGGCUCUCUAGGAUAGGGGAUGAUAACAUCCUUUGAAGGAGAAAUUUCAGUGGGGUGGAGUGAUUCUCCUUCCAAAGAGAUAUGGCUACGAUUACUGAGCGAUAUCUAAAAAGGGCAUGAAUAAUGCAUUCUGAAAUGUGAUGGACGGCCGCAAUUUGGACCUGUGAUUUGCCUCUUUGCUCCACAUGUGUUGAAGCCUGGUGGUUCCUUGAGUACAUCUUCUUGAGAAAAUUGAGCUCUUUGUCAUUGAACAGAAAGAUGAUUGCUGGGUAGAUAGAUGCAUCCCUGGUUAGCAGCAGGUCUCCUGUAAAGCAUCGGAACAUGGCUGUGGAAUGCUGCUGACGAAUUGGGCCAUCUUACUCCAAACCCAUUCCCUUUCAAUAUGGAUACUACACCUGUAGUAAUCUCCAGAUAUAACGACCUUUUUCAACCUCGUACACAUUGUUCACGUUGUAUAUGCUUAGAAGUUGGACUUAUAAAACAUAUAUUGAAUCAGACUUUUGUGGUCAAAGGGGCUGAAACAUGAGUUAUUAGGUUUUUCCGAAUGACAUUUCAUCCCAGUUUUUCCUUCAGAACAUUUCUUCAGUUUGACAGAGGACAUCAGUGGUGGAAAAACAGCUAGUUUUGGCGAAAGUUAGCAUUGAUAUUAUCGAAGCCUACAUGAACAUCUUCGUGAGUUCUACGCUUUGCUUCGCACGAUUUUGAAAAUUUGGUAUUCAGAAUUGGAGAAGGUCAUUUCGAGUUUCUAGAGGGAUUUUCCUGUGUUUCAGGUAUGAGCUUAAUGAUACUUACCCUAGGAGCUCACUAAAUAGCCCAUAAAGGUUCCCUUCGAAGGAAACAGAUAAUGUUUUAAUUUUUUUCGUACCUCGUCGAUAAUCAAAGUCAUAGUCCUACAUAUAUUAUGGCAGAGGCGAUCAAGUUCUGCUGACUGGUUUGCUGUUGUACCUUUAUAAUUAUCAACGUUCUUCUCUAAAUGACAUUGGAACAUGAAAUUGAUUUUAUGUGUCCCUUGCAGAUUUUUACGUUGCGAUCUUCGGUCUGUGCGAGGAUAGUCUUAUGAAAUCUUUAGAAUAGUCAAUACCGAUUUCCUGUGACUGGACAUGAAGAAUGUCAAGGAAAAUUGGCCUGUUCGACAUGCUUGGCCGGGCCAGGCUUGGCCUUCAACAGGAUCCGACACAGGAAACCAUUCCAAGAGGCCACCUGCUCAUGAGUCUGUUUUUUUAAUAUUUUUUUCGGGUCUAUUCCUAUAUAAAGUGGUGGGUCCUAACCAGACCACUGACAUUCACUUGGCCCCAACGAGGCUUGGCCCACUUAACCCCAGUAUAUUUACUAAAUGAUCGAAUCAAGAAAUAUGAGACGAACUAUCUUGCAAUUCUCUCUGAAAACGUGAACGGAUUAGUCAGUCGUGUUUCUAUCUUUUGCCAUCUCAUUCUGUAAUGUGUAGCUCUGGUGAGAUUUGGUACGAUAUUUUUUCUUUAUACAGUGGUCAUGGAAAUUUGAGUGAUAUAAAUUUGGAGAGAAAAUCACGAACACACUGCUGGAGUUUUUGAUUUUUCUAACUUUCGUUUGCUGUGCCGCAGACCUGAGAUGGUGGUGGGGUGGUACCACUCGCAUCCGGGCUUUGGCUGCUGGCUUUCCGGGGUAGACAUAAACACCCAGCAGGUUUCUGCCACUAUCUCCUUGCAUCAUUUUGCAGCAAUUAUAAUUCCUUUCAUUCGCGGGGUUUCAUCAUCUUCCCAUAAUUAAUGUGAAUCAGCUCUGGUUUCAUUUCCUCUUCCAGAAACCAACACGCAUCCGUUGAUUUGAGAUGACAAUGGAUUCUGGUCUCAUGUUUCCUUAAUCUGGACACACACCACUCUCCUCUUCCCUUCCCCCAUCUGCAGAGCUUCGAAGCCUUGAAUCAGAGGGCCGUCGCAGUGGUGAUCGAUCCCAUCCAGAGUGUCAAAGGGAAGGUGGUCAUCGACGCCUUCCGCCUGAUCAACCCCCAAACCAUGAUGCUCGGCCAGGAGCCCCGCCAGACCACCUCAAACCUCGGCCACCUCAACAAGCCCUCCAUUCAGGUGACCCUUUCUUCCCCCUCUCUCUCUCUUUCUCUCUCUCUCUCUCUGUGAUGGCAGUAGCUGAUGGGGGGAUCUGGCGCAGGCGCUCAUCCACGGGCUGAACCGGCACUACUACUCCAUUGCGAUAAACUACAGGAAGAACGAGCUGGAGGAGAAGAUGCUGCUGAACCUGCACAAGAAGAAGUGGACAGACGGGCUGACCCUGCAGCGGUUCGACGCCCAUUCCAAGACCAACGAGCAAACGGUGCAGGUGGUGCUCGCCCUCGCCGCCGCCAUAGCUUACCAUUCCUUUUGGCACCGAAGAUUUCCUUCUGAAUGAAUCUUCCCCUCGAAAAUUGGGUGGAACAGGAGAUGCUGAGCCUGGCCGUGAAGUACAACAAGGCCGUCCAGGAGGAGGACGAGCUCCCCCCGGAGAAGCUGGCCAUCGCCAACGUGGGCAGGCAGGACGCGAAGAAGCACCUGGAGGAGCACGUCUCCAACCUCAUGUCCUCCAACAUCAUCCAGACCCUGGGCACCAUGCUGGACACCGUCAUCUUCUAG